AUGAUCAUAGGCAUCAUCACGGUCCAUGCCACAAGGAACGAGAUUGCGCCCACUGGUCUCUUCGGUCUGCUGAGCGAUGCGCCAAUUCAGCUGAUCGACCUCUUUGAUGCGAAGCUUGUUGAUCGCUACCUUCAACUAUUCGAGAACCUGCGGUACUCUCAGGGCCGAAUGACUUGCCAAUUUCUCAGGAACCUAGAAGACUUGACAACGAAUGCGGGCAUUGGAACACGCGAGGCUCAAAAUAGAAUGCUCCACUUAGCUAACAAGACAUUGCAUGGUCCUGGCUCCUGGGCUAGUCAUACCUUCAUGGGAUGA